AUGGCGGAGGAAAAGUUCAGUCUCUGGCAUGGUCCGCCAUCAAUUCCUGCCGCUGCUACUUUUGCGGUUUUGUUCGCCAUUACUUCAUUCUAUCACACUUGGCAAGCAUACAGGCUGCGCUCGAAAUUCAUGAUAGCGUUCAUCAUAGGUGGAUACUUUGAGGUUGGAGGAUAUAUCGGACGUAUCGCAGCACACUCAAAUCUGACCAGCAUGGGAAUUUACAUUUGGCAAACGCUAUUACUACUCCUCAGUCCUACUCUCUUCGCAGCAAGUAUCUACAUGACACUCGGUCGAAUUAUAUUGCAUACCCGAGGAGAGCACCUCGCACCAAUCGCUCGAACCAAGUUGACAAAGAUAUUCGUCAUUGGUGACAUCUUCUCCUUCAUCGUCCAAUCUGGAGGCGGUGCCAUGAUGUCCAAAGCCAGCUCCCAAAACACCGGCAAAGUAAUCGUCCUCAUCGGUCUCGCCAUCCAAGUAAUCAUGUUCGGAAUCUUCAUCGGCACCAGCGCCGUCUUCCACAAACGCCUCUCCACCUCCCCCACCACCGAAUCAUCCAACGCGCCCUGGAAAAAAUACAUGUACGGCUUGUACGUCACCAGCGCGCUCAUCUUCAUCCGUUCCGUCUUCCGCAUCUUGGAGUUCCAGGGCGGUCAUAAUGGGGUGUUGAUGACGACGGAGUUUUUUAUUUAUAUCUUUGAUGCUGCGCCCAUGCUGGGUGUUAUGCUGGUCUUCAAUUUGGUGCAUCCGGGGGAGCUUAUAAGUUCGUAUAAGAACGUUGAUGGGACGCCGUUGUCGCAUGUUUAG